AUGAAUGAAAUUAGUGCUUUGUCAAAAUCUACUGAAGUACUCAAUGAUAACGUAGAUGGCAGUAAAGAAACUAAGAAAAAUUCGGCGCGAAUGAAAAAUACGACCAAUAGAAAAACUGAUCCGUUGAAUACAUCAAAACCACCCAAUGAUGUAGAGCCAAAAUCGUCGGAGACAGUCAAGGGCGAAAUUCAUGGGAUUGAAUAUAAGAUAAGUCGUGAACCAGAGAUUGUAUUCGUAGAUCAGUUGGAUAAUGCAUAUAGAUGCGUGAAAUGCAACCGUGUAUUGCGUGUACCAUUUUUAUUUGAAGACUGUGGACAUAGAUGCUGUUCUGGUUGUGUACCGGAUAUAUUCAGAGCAACUUCAAAAUGUCCAAUAGACAAGCAAAACCUGAAAAAAGAUCGUGUUCAUUUGGACAAAGCAUUUCAAGAACACAUGGAUGGGCUGACUGUGAAAUGUUCUUAUCAUACUGAAGAAUGCUCAUGGAUAGGAAUUCUCAGUGAACUAGGCUAUCAUGUCAGUCAAUGUGAAUAUAGAAUUGUCUUAUGCCCAAAUGAGUGUGGUACAGAAUCUCAAAGAAAAUCAAUUGAGAAUCAUAUUAAAAAUGAUUGCCCAAAACGUAUUAAACAAUGCAAAUUUUGCAAUGCUAAAUAUACUGCUGAAAAAGAAAUUGAACAUACCAAUAAUUGUCGUGAAUAUCCAGUACCAUGUCCAAAUAAAUGUGAAAAAACUAAAAUUCCAAGAAGUUUAAUAUCAGAACAUUUAAAGAAUGAAUGUUCUAGACAAAAUAUACGUUGUCCAUUCAAUGUUCAUGGUUGUGAAUUUCGUGGCCUUAAAAAUAAAAUUGAUACACAUUUAGAGAGAUCACUUAUAAUUCAUUUAAAUUUUCUCAAUUUAUCUAUACAACAAAUGUCAUUGUUAGUUGAAGCACAAACAAAGUCGUAUGCAGAAAUUCGUAAUUCAUUAGAGUCUCAGAUAAAGCGUAUAACAGCAUUAGAACAAUGUUUCGGAGCCCCUUUUCUUUGGAAAAUCGAUUCAUAUGCUGAAAAAUUAAACAAUGCUAAAUCUGGUAAACAAACUGCUCUAUUCAGCGCUCCAUUUUAUACUCAUCGAUAUGGAUAUCGAAUGGCUUUGUCUGUUUCAUUAUAUGGAAAUGGAGAUGCAAGAGGGAAGUAUAUGUCAGUAUACGCUUGUAUUUUUCGUGGAGAUCAUGAUUCGUUAUUACAGUGGCCAUUCUCACACCAGUUAACAUUUACAUUGAUUGACCAAAAUCCUGAGAUCAAUGCUCGUAAACCAAUUGUUUAUACAAUUAAUCCUAGUUUAACUGGUGAUUAUAAUCAAUUUUUGGGUAAACCAAUGAAUGAACGAAAUUCAUGUUUUGGUGCACCACGUUUUGUUAAAUUAGAGAUGAUGGAAAUGUCAACUUAUAUAUUGAAUGAUGAAAUUUAUUUAAAAGUAACAAUGAAUAUGGAUGA